UGAGCUAGUCUCUCUGUCACUCGUUUAUCUUCCCAUCAAUUAAAUCAUCGCCUGGAACGCCAACAUUCCCGCGCCGCCCCCUUCUUCCACUCAAACCCAGUCAAUUCGACAUCACGACAAACACGACAAACACGACCGACGCUUGACGCUUCCGUGUCGUCCAAUCUCACUUUUUAACCAUCGAGGCGAAAAGGAACGAAGACGUUGCGCUUAGAUACCUAUCAAUCGCCAAUUAAGACGUUUUAGUCAGGUAGACCGAUCUGCAGUAAGGUCUAGCAUUAUAUUGUCGAUCCCUAUCGAGGCAUCAAUUCCGACUCCCUUAAAAGUCUAAACCGCCAAGUCGCCCUUUUACGUCAGGGUCGGAGUUUCCCUCUUCCAGGUAGCAAUGGCAAAUAUUCCCGGCUUCGUUGGGUUUUCCCUAAACGAAGAUGUCCCGUCAUCCUUCUCCAGAAGGCAAAAUGGCUGCGUAAAGUGCGAGAGUGGUGCGCCGACGUGUCCCAGUUGUGCCGACGAUGAAAUGUGCCAAUUUAGUAUUCAGACCUGCAAUGAAUGUCAACAGGCCUUCUGUUUAAAAGAUCCAACCGCCGGUGCUGCCGCUCCCCAAGUCAGUAAAGGACCGAAUUCCGGUGCAAUUGCGGGUGGCGUGGUGGGAGGCUUGGUUGCUGUCGCAAUCAUUGUUUAUUUAGUCUGGAGAUUCUGUAUCAAGAGUAAGAGGUCUCAAUAUGAACAAGAGCCGUGGCAAGGAGACGUAGAGCAUACGAAGGAGGCUAUGAGUAUGCCAAAUGAGUUGGAUGCCUCAGCCCGAUCGAAACGAGCAUCGACACAUACUGUACACUCUAUCGCAUCUACCGUCCUAACCCGCGCUUCGAACAUUAUCCAGAUCGCAUAUAUUCCCGGAGUAACCAACCGAGCUACGCCUACGUCGCCAACUCUACUUGUCCCUCCAGUACCACCGAUUCCUAUCGCGCACUCGGACAGCGGCAGCAACUCGCCCUUUGACGAACAGCGUUUCUUCGUUCCUGGCGACCUCCGAGACUCGACGUACUCGGGCAUAUCCGGUUACAGUGAUCGUUCGUCAGUUGCCCGAACGUCGUACGCUCCACGAUCAAGUGUUGCAUCUACUAUAUAUGGAAAGAACGCCGUUAUUUCCCCUCUCCCAGCUCAGAAGGGCAAUUUCCUCAAACCGUCCAUCAUUAGCGUUAAGUCGCGUGCUCCUAGCAGUAAUAGCGGCAGUUCAACGCCGCCUGUACCGGCUGUCGACUACGAAAAAUACGAUCAACCACCUGCUUCUCCAGCCUUCAGUAUUGGCGCUACCUUUUUCAAAAACGCUAGCGCUUCAACAGCGACUGCUGUGCGGCCUCAGAUGGUCCGUGUUGGCAGCGGACCCAAGACAGUCGAUGUAAAAUCGAAAUCUUCUCCCGAUUCUAUUGAGGGGUCCGAUAACCCGCACAAAGAGAGAGAGUCAAAUGCGGUGACGAUAAUUGAGGAUACGCCGGUUGAAGACCAGGGCCCCUUUGCAGAUCCACCUAGCCGUGCGAACAAAAACAACAGCUCCCUUAGUGCAGUAAUGGGGGAGUCAAACAGAAGGGUCGACAGAAACAAAUCCUUGACAGGACGAGACGGUAGCCCGUUCGGUGAUGAAAAUGCCUUACGAGACUAAUCUAACCGUGAUCUAACACGAUGUCUACCAUCAUGAUGGAAUAUGGGAAAUGCGUGAUAAAUGGGGAUGUAUUCGUCUACUUAACACUACUUCUGGUAUUUACUUAGUCUGGACUUUUUUUUUUCCUUUGAUAUUGUUAGUCGGUCG